AUGAAUUACAAUAAUAAUUAUGUAGAGCACAAUGUCCACGAUAGAAGAAAAGCAAACAACGUGAAUAACACGAAGGAAAAUGAAUCAUGGAAUAAUAUGAGUUAUGGAAAGAGCAAUCAGAUGCAUGUAAUGAAUAGACAAAAUGUAGAUAGUGUGACAAGUAAAAGCUUUAUGGUUUCUUCUGGAAAGGAUAAUAAUAAUGACAGGAACAACAGUAGUAGAGAGGCAAGGAACAAUGAUAACAAAAAUAUAAUGCAUAACACUAGCAUAAAUAGUGAACACACGAAUGAAACUAAUAUUAACAUGCAGGUAGAUAGCAAUAAUUUUAUGUACAAUUAUAAUAACACUAAUCCUAACGAUCAUUAUGGUAGUAACCCGAACGACCAUUAUGCAAAUAAUCCGAACAGUAAUGUAUCAUCGUCUAAUUAUGUAAGCACACAUCCCAUUUUUGGAAGGAAAAAAGUGGAAGCAUAUGGAUAUAGUUUUGUAAGUAAUAGUGCCAGUGGUAAUAUCUUAAAUACACCCGACGUUAAUAGUAAUGUUAGUAGUAAUAAUGUUAGAAGUAAUAAUGUUAGUAGUAAUAAUGUUAGAAGUAAUAAUGUUAGUAGUAAUAAUGUUAGAAGUAAUAAUGUUAGUAGUAAUAAUGCUAGAAGUAAUAAUGUUAGUAGUAGUAAUGCUAGCAAUAGUUAUAGUAGUAUUCGUAAUAAUGAAGGAAGGGCAGGGAACGAUAACUUGAGUGGUAAUGUAUAUUACCUGAACAAAGAUAGUUAUAAUAUGAACAUGUACAUGAACAAUCACAUCAUUGGAGGAAGUGACAGUCAUGGAGACAGUGGAAGUAAUAAUUAUAUCAUGAGUACUAAACAGAUAUAUGCGGACAGCAAUUUAAUGUUUAAUAAGAACAUAUAUAACAGUAAGGAAAAGGAAGGGCCAGGUACUGCAGCAGGAGCAGAUGCAAAUUAUCAUCGAAGCCAUGGAAUGUUAAGUAAGGAAUCAAAAAGUACACAGAACAGCUUAGAAUUUAUAAAUACAAUAAAUUAUGAAAAUGAAAUGAAUAAGAACAAGAUGAGUAAUGCACUACAACAACCUUUUAAAAAUGAUAAUAAUAUGGUAAGUAAUAAAAAUAAUUUUUUCUUUAGUCAAAAUGUAAAUAAUAAAGAAGAUUCAUCUAAUAAAGGGAUAAUGCACAACAUUAUAGAAAGUUUAACGAAUAAUGUACAGACAAAUAAUGAGAUAAAUAAUUUAGUUAAACAGCGAGUAGCAAAUAUGGUAAUGAAUGAACUAGAAAAAAAGAUUGAAAUAAAUAAUGAAACUAGUUUUAUUGGUAAUAAAUUAUCCUUAUUACGUGGUUAUUUCGAUGUGACACAUUCCUAUGUUAUUCAUAAAAUUUUGUUUAUACUUAUGCCUUAUAUAUAUAUACGUAAGGCAUUAUGUGAAUCAAGAACGUAUUAUGUAUAUAAUCAUUUAAAGAGAAAAAUGGAAAGUACACAACAAGAUAAAACAUAUGGAUCUGCUUUCAUUUUAAAUGGAAAUAAUAAUACACAUUAUAAUAAUGGUAAAAGUGAAGAGAUGACAAAUAAAAUGAAAAUGAACAGUGCAUAUAGUUCAGAGAAUAAACCUUUUUUUUAUAAUGAAAAAAAAUCUAGUAGUUUAAGGUUGAUACGAAAUAAUUCGAAUGAUAUAAAUUAUGUAGAUUAUAGUAGUAAUAUUGGUAUAUUUAAAGCAGAUCUGUAUAUACCUCUUAUGUCUAGCAUUACUUAUAUAUUGCUAUAUACAUUAACAGUUACGGCACAAAAAAAUAAUUUUACAUUUAACCCUGAUAAUUUAUUUAAUAUAUCAUCUUAUGUAUUUAUAUUAUUAUUUCUCGAAACAGCUUUAAUUAAAUUUAUGUUCCUCUUAGUAUGCCGAGAUAUAAACUUAUCCUUUUUACAUAUUCUUUCCUUUAUAUCUUAUAAAUUUGUUAUUAUGUGUGCAUUAAUUAUAACCAAAAUAUUCUUUUAUUUUAUGUAUUUUAUGUACACGUCAGCUUUUGGUCAGGUGGAUGACAAUAUGAACAAAAUGCAAGAGGAUAAAAAAUUGGUGCUCAAUAACCCACAAGUGUUCAAAAAUUUAAAUAAUAAUAAUAGUAAUGGUAAUAAUAGUAAUAAUAGUAAUGGUAAUAAUGUUAGCUUUAAUUUUAGUCCAUUCAGUAUUAUUUUAUUUUUAAAUAGCAAUACCAUGUACAGAUUAACGCAGCUUUAUUUUUACAUUACAGUCAGCAUGCAAAUGAUACAAAUUUUUAAGUCCAUUCACCUGUACAUUCAUGAUAAUUCGAAUUUGUUAAAUAAUUUUAAUAUUAAGAGAAUAAAUAUUUUAAUACUUAUUUUUUCCUUUUCCCAAAUUUUUUUGUGUUGGAUUCUUACUCCUUAUUUUACUUGA